AUGAAAAUGAUUGAAUCAAAUGUUGUAAUGCACCAAAAGUGCACUGAUCCAAAGAUCUUUAUGAUUUGGCAUAAUCGCCUUGGACAUCCAGGUUCUAUAAUGAUGAGGAGGAUUAUUGAGAAUUCACUCGGGCAUCCAUUAAAGAACCAGAAGAUUCUUUUACCAAGUGAUUAUCUAUGCUCUGCUUGUUCUCAAGGUAAAUUGAUUGUUAGGCCAUCCCCCUCAAAACUUGUUGUUGAAUCUCCUUCAUUUUUACAAAGAAUUCAUGGAGAUAUUUGUGGGCCUAUACAUCCAUCAUGUGGACCAUUUAGAUAUUUCAUGAUUUUGAUUGAUGCAUCAACUAGAUGGUCACAUGUUUGUCUUCUUUCUACUAGAAAUGUUGCAUUUGCUAGACUUCUUGCUCAAAUAAUCAGAUUGAGAGCACAAUUCCCUGAUUAUCCAAUUAAGACAAUCCGAUUGGAUAAUGCAGGUGAAUUUACAUCUCAAGCUUUCAAUAGCUAUUGCAUGUCAAUUGGAAUUGAUAUUGAACAUCCUGUUGCUCAUACACAUACUCAAAAUGGUUUAGCUGAAUCAUUCAUCAAAAGACUUCAGUUGAUUGCUAAACCUUUGCUUAUGAAAUCAAAAUUACCUGUUUCUGCUUGGGGACAUGCUAUAUUGCAUGCAGCAUCAUUAGUUCGAGUUAGACCGUCUGCUUAUCAUAAAUAUUCUCCCUCGCAACUUGCAUUUGGUCAACCACCAAAUAUUGCUCAUCUUCGCACUUUUGGUUGUGCUAUAUAUGUUCCAAUUGCACCCCCACAACGCACUAAGAUGGGUCCUCAACGUAGACUUGGUAUAUAUGUUGGUUUUGAUUCUCCAUCUAUUAUUAGAUACGUUGAGCCCCUUACAGGGGAUUUGUUCAAGGCACGUUUUGAGGAUUGUCAUUUUGAUGAAACAGUCUUUCCAUCAUUAGGGGGAGAAAAGUCGAUGCCUGAAGCACGACGUGAAAUCACUUGGAAUAAUUUGCCCUUAUCUCAAUUUGAUCCUCGUACAAAUCAAUGUGAACUGGAAGUUCAGAGGAUUAUACACUUGCAAAAUGUUGCAAAUCAAUUACCGGAUGUAUUUACUGACACCAGAAGUGUAGUAAAAUCUCAUAUUCCUGCUGUUAAUGCUCCAGCAAGGAUUGAGGUCCCUGAAGGACAACUUACUAAUAAAGCAGCGAAUGAGUCUGACGCACGCCUGAAGCGUGGAAGACCUAUUGGAUCGAAAGAUAAGAAUUCUCGGAAGAGAAAAGUACAAAGAAAAGAAACUGGAGCUCCUGAAGAGGCCAUACCCACAAAACAGACCAUAAAAUUUGGUGCUUCUGAAGAGACCAUAACUCCCAUUCUACAAUCUCCAGGAAUACAACUUCCUGAAAAGGAACCUCCUGAAGAGUUAUCCCCUGAAGAGGAACAUAUACUUGAAAAUAAUGAGAUCUCAAUACAUUAUAUAAGUACAGGAGAAAUAUGGGAUAGAAAUAAAACUGUUGUCGACAACAUAUUUUCAUUUAAAGUGGCUCUUGACAUUACCAGAAGUAAUGUUGGCAUUACCAAAGGUAAUGAGGAAAGUGAGCCAAAGACCAUCGAAGAAUGCCGACGUAGAAAUAAUUGGCCAAAAUGGAAAGAAGCUAUUGAGGCUGAAUUAAGCUCAUUAGCAAAAAGAAAAGUUUUUGGACUUGUAGUCCAAACACCUGAAGAAACCUGGGGUUGA